GUACAUUUUUCCACAUCCACACAUUUCUAAAAACAAUAGUCAAUUUUCAAACACUCAUUUUCAAUGGCAUCUUUAUCAAGUUUUGUUGCUUUGGUCAUUUUAGUUGUUGGAGGAAUAUUUGUUCAUGAGAUUGAAGCUAUUCCAAGAACAUUCUUAGUGUUUGGAGAUUCACUUGUUGAUAAUGGAAAUAACAAUUACUUGGCUACUACUGCACGUGCUGAUGCACCCCCUUAUGGUAUUGAUUAUCAACCAUCUCAUAGACCAACUGGUAGAUUCUCCAAUGGUUACAAUAUUCCUGAUAUUAUCAGUCAGAAACUUGGUGCUGAGCCAACAUUGCCAUACUUAAGUCCUGAAUUAAGAGGAGAAAAGCUUCUAGUUGGAGCUAAUUUUGCUUCAGCUGGAAUUGGAAUACUCAAUGACACUGGGAUUCAAUUUAUAAAUAUCAUAAGAAUGUAUAGACAAUAUGAGUAUUUUCAAGAGUACCAAAGUAGGUUAAGUGCUCUUAUUGGUGCAUCACAAGCAAAGAGUCGUGUGAAUCAAGCACUUGUUCUCAUAACUGUUGGUGGCAAUGAUUUUGUGAAUAACUACUACUUGGUGCCUUAUUCUGCAAGGUCUCGUCAAUAUCCAUUACCUGAAUAUGUCAAGUAUCUCAUUUCUGAGUACCAAAAACUUUUGCAGAAACUAUAUGAUUUGGGAGCUAGAAGAGUUCUUGUGACAGGAACAGGACCUAUGGGUUGUGUUCCUUCAGAAAUUGCUCAACGUGGAAGAAAUGGACAAUGUUCAACUGAACUACAAAGAGCUUCAUCAUUGUUUAACCCUCAACUUGAAAACAUGCUUCUAGGACUUAACAAGAAAAUUGGCAGGGAUGUUUUCAUUGCUGCAAACACCGGGAAAACACAUCUUAAUUUCAUUAAUAAUCCCGGUCAAUACGGAUUCAAAACAUCUAAAAUAGCUUGUUGUGGACAAGGACCUAACAAUGGAAUUGGACUAUGCACACAACUUUCCAACUUGUGCUCAAAUAGAGACUUAAAUGCAUUUUGGGAUGCAUUCCAUCCAUCUGAAAAGGCAAACAAGCUUAUUGUGAAUGAUAUUAUGACAGGCACUAAGGCUUACAUGAAUCCAAUGAACCUUAGCACUAUCUUAGCAUUGGAUGCUACCACAUGAAGAUGAAGAUUGUUGUUCCCACAUCAAAGGGUGCUAGGAAAUACCAUGAAAAUAUUAAUAUUUAACUUCUUCGGCAGUUAACUGAUGAUGGGUUUUAACCGGCGGCAGUUAACUAUCGAUGUAAUUCGAGGUUAAAAUUAUCAUUUGCUGGUGUUUCUUAGCAUUGUUUGGAGUGUAGACAAUAAUCUUCCAUGAAGAUAGGGUAUAACCUAAUUAAUAAAACCAAGCACAAGUAUUUGCAUUGGAUGCUAUAUUUAGUUCAUGAUGACAUCUCUAGCUCAUUGUUUUUUUUUUAUUAUGUUAACUUUGAUUUAUUGUGUGCUCUUUAUGAUUGUAACUUUUGAUUUAUAGUGUGCUCUUUAUGAUUGUGAAACAUGAUCAAUAAUAGAGAGAAGCUUCCUUUAUGUAUUCCUCCUUAGAAUGUUGUUACGUUGUUUUUUCUUUUC